AUGGCGAUUGGCCUGGCAGCUCUGGGGCUCCUCGCUUUCCUGCUCUGCUGUUCGGGAACCUUUGCCGAACCCCAAAACUCGGAGUGCUCCCUGAUCGGCAUCUGGAAGAAUGACCUCAACUCCACCAUAGAGAUCAACAGCGUCAGUGACACGGGGGUGUUCAAUGGCACCUUCUCUCUCUAUCCGACACCGCGCAUCCGUCCAUACCCGCUGCAGGGCAAGAAGUACCAGUGGCCCGAGCCACAGUGGCCCAACCCCACCUUUGGCUUCACCUGUUUUGUGGACAAGAACGGAAAGGAGCAGCUGAGGACAAACUGGCUGCAGCGUGAGAAGGUUGGAUCCGCAGCAGACGAUUGGCAGGCGAUCAGGCUUGGCGGGAGCACCUUCUACCGCAGCAAGUGA